CCUUCACCUCAGCUCUGACAUCGCGAGGUCAACGGCGAUAGCUUAGAUCUUGUACUACUCCGAUCUUCAGUCUAUUCGCUAGCGAGAUAGGAAUCCAGUCAUCGUCAGAUCUCUCCACCCCACCUAACCUCAACGGAUCAUCAAGAUGCCUCGCAAUUCCGACACGGAAGACGAGGAGGAAGCUCAUCCGCACACCCACAAGAUACGGAGUAAAUACGCCAUCAACCCUCAACACCGUCACGACGAAGCCCACGAACACGCCAGGGAUGCCAAGCUCGAAGCUAUCAGGGACGCGCAUCGGUUCAGGUCGUUCGCUCCUAUAAGAGGGGGGAAUAUCGUCAAGUUCGCAGUGGAUGGGUAUGAUUACUUCUGGCAGUUGAGCGAGAUUAUCGAGGGUGCGAAGGAGAGCGUGUUUAUUAUGGAUUGGUGGCUAUCCCCCGAACUCUAUCUCCGAAGACCUCCGGCUCUCUACCCUGAAUACCGUCUAGAUCGUCUACUGCAAAAGAAGGCUCAGGAAGGCGUGAUGAUCUACGUCUCCGUGUAUAAAGAGGUCGAAGCGUCAAUGAGCCUAGCCUCUGUACAUACUAAGCAUUGGCUAGAAAGCUUGCACAAGAAUAUUGUCGUUAUGCGUCAUCCGAGUCAUGAUUAUGGAGAGCUGACCAGCCACCACGAAAAGCUCUGCGUAGUCGACAACCGGGUCGCAGCCAUGGGAGGCCUAGACGCUUGUUUUGGUCGGUGGGAUACGUCCAACCACGAGCUGGCCGACGUGCAUCCCCAGUCGUUCUACAAAACCUUGUAUCCUGGUCAGGACUAUAACAACUCGAGGUUGAUGGAUUUCCAGACUGUCGAUCAGUUCACCAGUAACGCGUUGGCCAUUCAAGAUGCAGCACGUAUGCCCUGGCACGAUAAUUCGCUGACAUUCGUCGGUCCGUCCGUCGUCGACCUCGCUCAGCAUUUCAUCGAGAGGUGGAAUUUCAUCAAGAGCGUCAAAUACAAGCACGACCGUCAUUUCGACUAUCUCGCCCUGCCCGCUCCUUUCGACGAGAUCCAGCCGUCCGACGACGCCGUCGAGCGAAUCCAGGACGCGAAACGACGAGACCAGCGUCGAUUGGAACACCCCCACUUUGCCGAAUGGGCGGACAAGGGUCAUCAGUGGUUCCACCCGUACCACAAUCCGCCCAGCAAAUACCCUCGUGCGGAAGAGUCGGUCCCGCAGGGUGAUUUCAACGUGCAGGUUUUGCGGUCCGCUUCGGAUUGGUCACAUGGGUUCUUGACCGAGACGUCGAUUCAAGACGCUUACAUCCAGCUGAUCAGGGAGGCCAAUCACACCAUCUAUAUCGAGAACCAGUUCUUUAUCACUUCGACGAUCGCAGGUCACCCGGUCCAUAAUCAAAUCGGCGCCGCUCUGGCCGAGAGGAUCAUUUCCGCUGCGAAGGAUGGGAGAAAGUUCAAGGUCAUCGUCGUCAUCCCGGCAUUGCCUGCUUUCGCCGGAGAAGUCCAGGGUGCGCCCGCAGUUAAAGCGAUCAUCGAGGCGCAAUAUCGGUCGAUUAAUCGCGGAGGAGACUCGAUCAUGGAAACGGUUCGCCGAGCAGGCUUUGACCCAGAAAAGUACAUCUCUUUCUACAACCUACGGAGCUAUGAUCGUAUCAACAGUCCAUGGCAGACGAUAAGAAAGAUGGAGCAGAACUCGGGAGUCACAUUCCACCAGGCGCAAGUCGCGCUAUCACGGUUGUGGGCCGGAAACCCAACCGGUAACAAGAAGGGUAAAGACGAGGUUGUCGUUUUAUCUCGACCUCAUGAUCAAAGCACGGAUAUGGACCAUGUCGCUCAGAAGCAGACGGUCAAUCAGGGUGUACGAAUGCCAUCAACGGUCGAAGAGGCUCUCGAACUGAUCAAGCGCUUCGAAGCCGGCGCAGGAGAACGAGAUCGACACAUAAGCGACAAUGUCGGCCAACAUUCGCAGAUCUGUCCCACGACCUUGUUCGACGAGGCAUGGGACGGCACGGAGCAAGAAGAGCUGGAAUCCUACGUCUCCGAGCUUACAUACAUCCACAGUAAACUGAUGAUCCUGGACGACUCGAAGGUCCUGAUCGGCAGUGCCAACCUGAACGACCGGAGUCAGAUGGGCGAGCGAGACUCGGAAAUUGCCAUCUGCAUCGAAGAAAAGCCCAACCUGACGAUGACCAUGGACGGCAAGCCUCACAUGGGCAGCAAACUCGCUUCUUCAUGGCGUCGUCGUCUGAUGCGGGAACAUCUGGGCUUGCUCCCGGAGACGGUCGUCCCCCUGGAAAAGAUCCAACCGGGACCCAACCAGCUCCCCGCGCCCGUCCCUAACGAGUACGAUUUUGGCUCGCCAGAGGAUCUGGCUGUCGAGGACGUUCUGAGCGACGAGUUUGAUCGAUUGUGGACGGGGACGGGAGAAAGGAAUCGGGCGGCCUUUGAGCGCGUCUUCAGGCCGAUCCCGAACAAUUCGAUCCGCACUUGGGCGGAAUAUACCGAAUAUACCAAGCAAGCCGUGGGGAUUCGGGUCGGUCACGUUUCGGACAGGAGUCUCUCGAUACAACAGGUCAAGGAGACUCUCUCCGAGGUCAGGGGCCAUCUCGUACCGAUGCCACUCGAUUUCCUCAGCGGCGUCAAGGAGCUCACAGCCGGUGACUAUGUGUCGGUCAAUGCGUACACACUACCGAUCUACCUAUAAAGAACGACGUCUUGGCCGAGCCACUGCGGUGAGAUGGUCGGCCAAAUCUGUACUGGUACCAUCAGAAGUAACGAUGCAUACGAGAUACACGACAUGCGAUGCCAUCCUCCAGAUCUUGCCGAUGGCGGUUGUGAAUAUCGAUGCGAG